AUGGUUAUUAGACAGCCUCAUACUUCUACUCGAAAUAAACGCGCUCUCAUCGGAACCGUCGGUCAGGCAUCAUGGGCCAGCAGUGUCAUCAAUCUCUUGAACACAAUCGUUGGCGCGGGAGUCCUAGCUAUGCCCCUUGCUAUGUCGCAUAUGGGUAUACUGUUGGGAACCAUCGUUAUACUAUGGGCUGGCUUAACAGCUGGCUUUGGGCUAUACCUACAAACACGCUGCGCCGCCUACCUUGAGCGCGGCUCCUCCAGUUUCUUCGCCCUUUCUCAGAUUACCUACCCUAAUGCGGCAGUGAUAUUCGACGCAGCUAUUUCCAUCAAAUGCUUUGGGGUUGGUGUCAGUUAUCUGAUCAUCAUUGGAGACUUGAUGCCCAAAGUGGUUCGGGGUUUCGCCGACGAAGACAGUCUUGCUCCUUUUAUGUUCGAUCGACAUUUCUGGGUGACCGCUUUCAUGCUGGUCGUGAUCCCCUUCUCCUUCUUGCGCCGCUUGGACUCUUUAAAAUAUACGUCGGUGAUUGCGCUGAUAUCAAUUGGUUAUUUGGUCAUCUUGGUCGUCUAUCAUUUUGCGGCACACGACACGCUCCCUGAAGAGGGAUAUAAAACGCCAUUACGAGUCUUCAAAUGGGCCGGUAUAGUGCCCGCGCUAUCCUCUUUUCCUGUCAUCGUCUUCGCCUAUACCUGCCAUCAGAACAUGUUCAGCAUUCUAAAUGAGAUUAAAGACAAUUCUCACUUCAGAACAGCUGGAGUGGCCACAGCUUCCAUUGGAACUGCUGCAUCAAUUUACGUCCUCGUCGCAAUUACCGGGUAUCUCUCUUUUGGUAACGAGGUUUCGGGUAACAUCGUCGAAAACUAUGCCCCUAUGCCAGCCACAACCAUCGGACAGGCCAUGAUUGUUAUUCUUGUCAUGUUUUCGUAUCCUCUGCAGGUUCAUCCAUGCCGUGCCAGUGUCGAUGCAGUCCUCAAAUGGCGACCGAGUGACAAGCUCAAGGCAAAGCUUCGCUCUACAUCUGGGACACCCUCUUUGGAAUCGAGUCCACCACGCAAUAUUCCCCUCCUCCAACCAAGUCGGCAGCGCAAUACGGAAAUGGGCGAGACGCGGUUUGCUGCUAUAACGACACUGAUCAUUAUUCUGAGCUACCUGGUGGCAAUGACGGUAUCCAGUCUUGAUAAAGUCCUGGCAUACGUCGGCUCUACAGGCAGUACUUCCAUUUCGUUUAUUCUCCCGGGGUUGUUUUAUUACAAGAUCUCCUCACCCGACUCACCCCUUCAUCAACAACUUUUGAAGGAAGAAGACGAUUAUGAGUACGGUGAUGAAGGGGGACGAAAAUCAGAUGACGGGGAUGACGAAGAUGAAAACAAUGAAAACCUGCGCGAGAGUCAGACAUUACUCGCAAAUUCAGGAUUUUUGAGUGUCAGUGGUGCGAGUAUAUUGAAGAGAACGAGAAACUUCCGGCGGAAAUUGUUGAGAAGGCUAAGUCUUGCGCUUGCGAUCUAUGGCAUGAUUGUCAUGGUGACUUGCUUAGUCACAAACUCAGUGUUUCUCGCCGCUCAUUGA